UUAAAGGUUAGUGCCAUUGCUAUUCACAGUGUGGUCUGUAAUCCCGCAGCCUCAGUUGUUCAGGGCAGGCGUGGUGGCGAAUGUCUGUGACUCUCAGCAGUGGGGAGGGGGAGGACUUGGAGCAAAUUUAAGUCAAUCUGGACGAUGUAGUGAGUUUAAGGCUAGCUUGGGCUAUAGCAAAGAGAAAAAAAGAAAACACACCCCAAUCCGGCCCCAAUCCGGAUGUGCUGAACAAGAAACUAGUGGAGUGCGGCCCAUACAUCCUUCAAGUGAUUGCAAACUUUCUUUCCUUUCAGAGAUGGGGUCCCAUGUACCCCAUGCUGGCCUGGAAUUCCCUCAGGUUCUCCUCCCCACCUCUCAGACUCCAGGGCUGAGCGCCUCCCCAGGACACACCCUUCUCGGUCCCCGGGCGGGGAGGCCUGCCGGACGGGGCGGGCCACGGCCGGCGUCCCCGCCUCCGCUCCCGGGCCUGCCGCGUCGCGCGUCCUCCGCUCCGGGCUCGGGUCAUCGGGCCACGCGUGAUGGGGUCCCGCAGCCCUGCGGCCGCGUUGCUGGUGCUACUGAGUGCCGGGUGCGUGCUGCCACCGGGGCGCGCACAGUACGAGCGCUACAGCUUCCGCAGCUUCCCGCGGGACGAGCUGAUGCCGCUCGAGUCGGCCUACCGCCACGCGCUCGACCAGUACAGCGGCGAGCACUGGGCCGAGAGCGUGGGCUACCUGGAGGUGAGCCUGCGGCUGCACCGUCUGCUGCGCGACAGCGAGGCCUUCUGCCACCGCAACUGCAGCGCGGCUACGCCCGCUCCCAUGCCCGCCGGCGCUGCCGGCCACACCGAGCUGCGCCUCUUCGGCGGCGUGCUGCGCAGGGCGCAGUGUCUCAAACGCUGCAAGCAGGGCCUGCCCGCCUUCCGUCAGUCGCAGCCCAGCCGCGCGGUGCUGGUCGACUUUCAGCAGCGCGAGCCCUACAAGUUCCUACAGUUCGCUUACUUUAAGGCCAAUGACCUCCCGAAGGCCAUCGCUGCGGCUCAUACCUAUCUUCUGAAGCACCCUGACGAUGAGAUGAUGAAGAGAAACAUGGCCUAUUACAAGAGCUUGCCUGGAGCUGAGGACCACAUUAAAGACCUGGAGACCAAGUCAUACGAGAACCUGUUCGUCCGUGCGGUGCGGGCCUACAAUGGGGAGAACUGGAGGACGUCCAUAACGGACAUGGAGCUGGCGCUCCCUGACUUCCUGAAAGCCUUUUACGAGUGCCUGGCAGCCUGCGAAGGCUCCAGGGAGAUUAAGGACUUCAAGGACUUCUACCUGUCCAUCGCAGACCAUUAUGUAGAAGUUCUGGAAUGCAAGGUUCAGUGCGAGGAGACCCUCACCCCGGUCAUAGGCGGCUACCCCGUAGAGAAAUUCGUGGCCACCAUGUACCACUAUUUGCAGUUCGCCUAUUAUAAGUUGAACGAUCUAAAGAACGCAGCCCCCUGCGCCGUCAGCUACCUACUCUUCGACAAGGAUGACAAGGUCAUGCAGCAGAAUCUGGUCUACUAUCAGUACCACAGGGACAAGUGGGGCCUCUCGGACGAGCAUUUCCAGCCCAGACCCGAAGCAGUGCAGUUCUUUAACGUGACGACGCUCCAGAAGGAGCUCUACGGCUUUGCCCAGGAACACCUAAUGGAUGAUGAUGAGGGAGAGGUUGUGGAAUAUGUGGAUGACCUCCUGGAGAUGGAAGAGGCUGGUUAGUCCACAGCAACUACAGAGACUUCUCUUUGUGUUCCUUCUUCAAGUGCCUGGGCUGUUGAUACCUCAGAGCCUCCCCUUUUAAAGGCAAGGGGAGCCACCAUCCCUUUACUACACGGAGCCAGGGUCCAGCCUGCCCUCCCUGUGUUCACACCUGUCCACCCAACUGCUUUCUCUGUACUCACACUCGUCUUCAUGGUCAUGUCUCCCCAGCCAUCUUCCUCUCGUUCACACCUGUCUUUCUGUCCACGUACACCUCCGCGUCCUCCCAUCUGUCCUCCCCAUGUUCAUCUCUGUCUUCCCUCUGAUCCCUCCUGUUUCCCCCAUGUUCAGAAAGACAGUCUUCUGUGGUCUGUUUUUUUUAAUCCCUAAAAAAAACAGUAUUAUUUUUUAAGUAAGAAAAACACUAAAAGAUGAUAAAUAUAUUUGAAGAAUUCUUUGG